AUGGAGGCGGCGAUUGGCCUCGCAAGCGCGCUCGUCGACAGCGUGCUGACUCUGCUUUCCAAUGAGCUUGUGGGGGCGUAUGUAGCCAGCUCUGAGCUCGGCCUCAAUUCCAAGGAGAUAAAGCGUGAUCUGAUGUUCACGCAAGGUCUGUUGCACGAGGCCCAGAGGAGUGGCGUGGUCGACAACCAUGGUCUGCAAGGGCUGAUGCAGGAGCUCAGCGCCAAGGCCGACGAGGCCGAGGAUGCACUGGAUGAGCUCCACUACUUCAUCAUCCAGGAUGAUCUCGAUGGCACCAAGUAUGCAGUGCCGGAUCUGGGUGAUGACCUUCAGGGCCAUGCUCGCCACGGUCGCCAUGCUCUUAGCCACACUAUUGGUAACUGCCUUGCAUGCUUUUCUUGUUCGCAUAUGCAUGGUGAUGAUGUUACCAAUAAUCCACAUGAUGCAACAAAUCUUAGUAGUGAUGGUCCAAUUGAUAGGCUGCCAUUUCAUAGAGUGGACAUGUCUAAGAAAAUCAAGUCAGUGAUUGAGGAGAUACAUUCUUUAUGUGUCCCCGUGUCCGAAUUGCUCAAGAUAAUCCCACGCAGUAGCAACAACACUCCAGUUGUCACCCUAAAACGACCUCUUAUGGGAUCAACCACUGUACAAGAUACAUUGUUUGGAAGGAGAAAUCUCUUUGAGCAAACCAUAAAAGGAAUCAUCACAAAUAGUAGUGAGACCCUUUCUGUUAUUCCUAUAGUUGGUCCGGGAGGUAUUGGAAAGACAACCUUCACCCAACACCUAUACAAUCAUGAAAGAACUCGAGAGCACUUUCCUAUUAAGGUUUGGGUCUGUGUAUCAACUGAUUUUGACGUGCUUAAGGUUAGCCAAGAGAUUCUUAGCUGCCUAGAAGGAAACAAAACCGCAAAUCAAUCAACAAGUUUAGAUCAGCUCCAAAUAUCCAUCACGCAGGGACUCAAGUCUAAAAGGUUUUUAAUAGUCUUGGAUGAUAUAUGGGAGUGCAAUAGGCAAGGUUGGGAAAGCCUGCUAGCUCCACUUAUGAAGGGCGAAACCAAGGGUAGCAUGGUUCUUGUCACAACUCGGUUCCCGUCUAAAGCUGAUAUUGUUAAAACAACUUACCCAAUAGCACUGAAAGGCCUUGAGCCCGUUGAGUUCUUCACAUUCUUUGAAUCAUUUAUAUUUGGUGGACAAAAACCUGAGGGUUACGAUGAUGACUUGACUCAUAUUGCAAGAGAUAUUGCCAGCAAGUUGAAGGGUUCACCUCUGGCAGCCAAAACAGUUGGUCGGAUAUUGAAGAAGGAUCUAUCUCGGGAAUAUUGGAUGAGAGUUCUUGAAAACAAUGAAUGGCAAAAAGAAAAAAAUGAUGAUGACAUUUUGCCAUCUCUAAGAAUUAGCUAUGAUUACCUUCCUUUCCAUCUGAAAAAAUGCUUCCCAUAUUUUGCCUUGUUCCCUGAAGAUCAUAGGUUUAAGAACUUAGAGGUCAUAUAUUUUUUGAUUGCAAUAGGUAUCAUAGAUAAAGAUGAGAAUUACAUGGACGAACUAGUCGAUAAUGGUUUUCUUGUGAAGGAGAAUGAUGAUAUGGAGGGUGAAUACUAUGUAUUGCAUGAUCUAUUGCAUGAACUAGCACGAGAUAUUUCAUUAAAAGAAUGCCUCAAUAUAUAUAGUAGGGCAAGUUUUAGAGCUGAUUCCAUCCCAAAAUCUAUUCGUCACUUGUCCAUCACCAUGAAAAACAAAUAUGAUGGGAACUUCACAGAAGAAAUUAUAAAAUUUAAGAGAAAGGUAGACUUUGUAAAUUUGCAGACUUUGAUGAUUUUUAGCGGACAUGCAGGAACUAUUGAUGAGAUUUUGAAAGAUAUUUUCAAGGACAUAAAAGGUCUUCGUGUCUUAUAUAUAGAAGUCGAGUCUGCAGAAUAUGUACCACACAACCUUCCAAACUUUAUCCACCUCCGGUACCUAAAAAUUACAAGAUAUAACUCUAGAUCACAAAUGACUUUGCCUAGCAUAUUAUCCAGAUUUUAUCACCUGAAAUAUUUGGACCUAAGUAGUUGGCAUGGUAGUGAUAAAUUGCCUAAAGAUAUUAGUCGCCUUACAAAUUUAUGCCAUUUACUGGAAACAAAAGAACUCGAUUCUGAUAUUCCUGAGGUUGGAAAGAUGAAAUACUUAAAGGGGCUUAGAAAAUUCUGUGUCAAGAAAGAGAGUGUUGGAUUCGAAUUGAGUGAGUUGGGGGAGUUAACUGAGCUUGGAGGAGAACUCAAAAUAUGUAAUCUUGAAAAGGUGGCAACAAAGGAAGAGGCUAUGAAAGCCAAACUGGUGUCAAAAGGUGAUUUGAAAAAGUUGGAGUUACUUUGGGGCACAGAACACGAUCAGGGAGAAUCCGAUGUCCUUGGUGAUAGUAAUGAAUUAUCUGAUGUUAUUGAUGGUCUUGAACCACAUCCUAAUCUUCAAUCACUUGUUAUUAAAAAUCACGGUGGCUCGACCUGUCCUAGUUGGUUGUGUGGUUCCAUUGGCCUACUAAUGCUGACGUCCCUCUGCCUAGAGGAUGUUUCUUGGACCAUUCUUCCACUUGGGCAUCUGCUACAUUUGUCGUCACUCAAGUUGAGGAAUAUUCCUAGACUUGGUCAGAUCAUAUCUGGCUCUUCUGACAUUACAGACAGAAGUUGUUCGCGGUUGAAGGAGAUUAUCCUCUUUCGGCUGCCAGAAUUUACUGAGUGGGUGGUGACGCCUAAUGCCCGUUGGUUUCCAAGGCUUGAACUUGUCCAUUGCUAUGGAUGCCCCAACCUCCGUUCGUUUCCCUUCCUGGAAGAGGGCUCUGGUUCUUAUACGAGCCUAUCGACACUCCGUAUUUUCAAAUGCCCCAAGUUGCUCCUGCCCCCCAUGCCGGCAACUCAUAUUGAUGUGUCUGCUGGUCCUUCACGGAGUAUGGAGUAUGAUGAACAUGACUUGGCUUUGACCGGGCAUAGCGGUGCUGCAUCAAAGUUCACAUGGGUGCAACUCCCAAAGCUAACCUCUCUGAGGGAGCUUCGUAUUGAAGGAGACUCAAGCUUUAUAUCUAUGGAUCUGCUCUUAAACCAUACGUCUUUGACCAGUCUACGACUAGAAGACUGCGAGAAUUUAGAAGUAGAUGGGUUCAAUCCUCUCAUCGCAGCUGUCAACCUCAAGGAAUUUGCGGUUCACAACAGGGGAGGAGAUCGUUCUCGCUCUGUAGCGGCGGCUCUUCUCUCAGAAAUGGUGGUGGCAAGUAGGACUGACGUACUGUUGCCUUCUGCGGGCUGCUUCCGGUUGGGAACACUUGGCGUGGAUAGCAUCUCAGCAAUGCUUGCUGCUCCCGUAUGCAGCCUCUUCGCCACUACCCUCCACACAGUAAUCUUCAAAUUGGAUCAGCGGGUGGAUAGCUUGACGGAAGAGGAAGAGAAUGCGCUUCAGCUCCUCACCUCCCUCCAACACCUGUAUUUUUGGUUUUGCCCAGCCCUGCCCUCCCUCCCUCGAGGGUUACACAGACUUUCUUCUCUCUGGAGCCUACAUGUGGGUUAUUGUCCUGAGGUCCGAUCGCUGCCCAAGGAGGGGCUCCCCACUUCUCUGCAACUUCUAAUAGUAGAAGGGUGCACUCGCGAGCUAUGUGAGCAAGCCAAGGAAUUUGAAGGAAGAAACCCAUAUUUACGGGUAGAUGCCUAUAAAUGCAUAGAUUGA